AUGGCGGUGACGGAAAUGAUCAAUGAGCCUCACGACCGACAAACACACCGGCGACGGCCCUUUUCAACAUGGGUCAAGAAAUUGACCAAUUUCAAGUCCUCGUCCGACGGCAACCGCCCCAAGCGGCACAUGAGGAUGAAGCGGGGACAUAAGUUGAACAACCCUUAUCCUCAGUCUGGUCAUGUCAGUCAAAACCACGGAAACGACGCCGAUGAUGCCGCCAAUGGCACUGCUCGGCAAAACACGAACGGCGAUAGCUCCUACUCUUUCACCACUGCCCGAACCGGAAGCAUUUCGUCCGUCAAUCAACCCGUCCGUAGCUCCGUCGAAGGGCAAGCCCCCGCGACGGCUGGCUCGCACAGCAUGGCCGGGACCGUGUCAACGGAAAAUGAAGGACCUCGAUCUCUCGCCCCUAGCCAUGGGGGAGCCAGCUCGCUUGCGGGAACGAGUCGCACCAUUGGCGGUGGCAUGGACGGUCGACGGGGUGGUGAUAGCACCUUUUCGAGCCCUGCACCCUCGGUUCGAUCUCUGACUACAACUCUGACUACGAUUCAGUCUGUGGCUCCAAAUGGAAACACGCCAUAUGUCACGGCACCACAGAACAGCAACUCCCAAUCCAUACAGUUUAGCCAGCCGUUUCCGACCGCAUCUCCCGCCUCUGCCAUCCCGUCGCAUCUAGCACCGACGAGCAACCCGACGACAUAUUCAACAGCAACCGCCAACAACCUGUUGACCGACAACGCCUCCAUAUUGACCCUGGCAUCGUCAAGCAAGCGUCGCCGCCGUCGCUCCAUGGAUACUGACGCGUCGGUCCGCGCAUUGGCUCCGUCCUCGCUCUGGGGAGGGAGUCGGGAAAGCCUCCCACUCAGUGUUCUUAGUGCCAACAUAGAUCAAGGAGGCAUGCCCACGACUCCGGGAAUACCUGGUAGCAGCUCACGGGUUGGGGCGGAGCGAAAUAGCAUCUACUCGUCUACUGGCGUUGCCCCGGCCCUCACCAGUGAGAGAAACAGCAUUCUUGCCAAGCAGGGCGACGGGGCCAGCAUUCGUAGCGGGCGUUUGGGGCAUGGACGGCCAGAUAGCAUCAGUGGAAGCAUUGCGGCCGGGAUAACUAGCCCGUUGGCCAGUCCGAGGGAGGAAAUGGAACAGAAGAAGGCGAAGGAAGAUGAGAUCGCUGCUGGAGCCAAGGAGGAGUAG